AAAGUCUCCCGAAUGCAGAUAGUAUUCAAAACUGGCGGAUUGAGAUAUCUGCGCAUGUCAGAAAAUUGUAUUCCUCACAUGUACAUGCACUAUUUUUGUAGCCACUGGAUACAGACGGUUUUUCGAGAGAAGCACAGAAUAUAUUCUGAACCAAUGAUGAACACGUUUGAGAACACCUUUAUUAGAGGUCCUUCACCGUCCUACUCCGACGAUGCCAACUCGGAGAACGCGCUGUCCGUCACCUUGCCUAUCGGAGCAGCGGUGCCGGAACUGGAUUUCUGCCGGGACGACUCGAAGACGGAUACUGGAGACUACUUCGACGAGAAGUACAACAGCGACAGCUGCUCCCGCCUUCAUCCAGGCCAUCAAGGACGCAACACUUUUGCCUUCUGGACCAUUGUAAUUCUCCUUCUGGUCCUAACCGUGGGCAAUCUCAUCCUGACUCUCACUAUUGUGGGAGUGUUGCGUUUGGGAAAGGGAGUCCAGGGGAUGGAGGUGAUUCCCGAGGAGGAUGUGGUCAAGUUCUACGGCUCCACGGACUUGGAGCGGGUGCAGACAAACUCGAUUGGCCAGAUACACGGCUUCUCGGAUGUACCAGUGACCAUCAGCAGUGAUGCCGGCGACGGAGAGGCCGGCGUCCAUGUGCGGGUAUUCCGCAAUGCCAACGGGGCCAGCAACGAACGCGAUAGGAUAGUCCUGAACAAGGAGGGCAUCCUUAUCCAGGCUACUAAUCUGUUCGAGGUCAAGGACCCAGUCGACAAGCAGCCCAUUUUUACCACCCACCGUCCGCAAUACAACAUUCCCGGUGGAGUAGAGGCCUUGUACGCCAAGGUGGUGAGCGCUAGCGCCAUCGCAAGCCCCAUCGACGAUUCUCUGGUCAUGGAGAGUGAUGGACGUAUGGCCAUUAGGGGCUCCGAGGGCAUCUACUUCGAUGGAGCCAGCGUGGACAUGCAGGCCGAGCACCACGUCUCUAUCAACUCCACGCAGGGUGCCACCAUUUUGGAGGCUGGCACGGGCAUCUUCCUCGACAUGAGCCGCAUCCCAAUUGUCAGCUCGGAGAUGGGACUCCGCACCGGCAGUGUCCAGUACAAGAUCUGUGCGUGCAUGCCACAUGGCGCACUAUUUCGGAUCGCCAUUCCAAGGGUGCACAACGGUCCCAAGAUCACGUGCGCCCACUUUAGCGGCAAGGACGAUCCCUGUGAGGUCAACUAAGUU